AGGCCGCAAACCCAUGAAAACCGAUUCCGAUUAACAAACUCGAGCUGGACCGGUUCUAUGUAUUAUGAUUCUACCGAUUCCGAUUUGGAUCUAGUUUUCGGUUUAAAAUCUCAUCCAGUGGCUGAGCUAGAUGGCGCGUUGGGGUACAAUUGUAUCCCCGAAAAAAACUUUAUAUAUUAACCUUUCAUAUAUUAGUUUUCUAUAUCUAAGUAAACUUAACUACCUCGCACCCUUAGCUCGAAACAUUAAAGCUUAAUGCCCGUUUUUCUUUUCUUCUCAUGAAUCGAAGUGAUUGCUACCGAGAGUUUAGAGACAAUAGCAAGAUCGGUAUUCCGCCAUCCAUUCGAAGAAAUUUGUUUAAAAAUAUAGUUUCAAGAUGCUUCAUGUUUUUACCCAAAUUUAAAUUGUUCAAAUGAUAUUUUAAAUUUCGAUUAUUUUUGUACCCGUAUUAAAAUUCCAGAUCUCAUCCCUUACAAUAAUAAUUUAUCAUAUUUUUAGUGUAUAUAUAUAAUAACGAAUACUUUUCCUUUCUAACGUAUGCAUACUCGUGUCUCUACAGAGGAAUAUCUCGUGCCUACGUGGCAUUCUUCUUGGGUCUGUGACAAUUGAAAAAGUCUUUUGUUGGGCUAGAAUUCAAGCUCACCUAUUUUGAACAUUUUAUUUUAAUAGGUCAAUUAGUUAUCAUGUCCGUCAACAUAUUCCUGAAAAAAAAAAAAAAAAAAAAAAGAACUGACCAUUGCGUUAUCAAGUUAUUAUUAUGGAGCUAUGAAUGGAAUUCAAUAAAAGACAGUUAUGGUAACCAUUCAAGCCGGCGUAAACCUCUAAAUACCAAAUUUAGCAAAAACUCAACUAUUUAAUAUCUACGAGUAUUAGUUUGAUUACUACUCAGCAUCAACAAUGGAAGUCUAUUUCGUCACUUUCAUUCUCCUUGCCACCACUGUCAUCUUUCUUUUCACUUUUACCACCCGUAAGGCAUCCAAGAGAAACCACCUUCCUGAGCCAUGGAGACUUCCGAUCAUCGGACACAUGCAUCAUUUGAUUGGCACCUUACCCCAUCGUGGGAUUACAAACUUAGCCAAGAAGCAUGGUACUUUUUUGCAUCUACAAUUUGGCGAGGUGUCUACAAUUGUGGUGUCCUCCCCAAAAUUAGCCAAGGAGGUUUUGUCAACCUAUGACUUGACGUUCGCAGAUAGACCCCAUAAUAUAACUGCUGAAGUUGUCGUAUAUCACAGCACAGAUAUCAUCUUUUCCCCAUAUGAUGACUAUUGGAGACAACUUCGUAAGCUUUGCACCAAAGAGCUUUUGAGUCCCAAGAAAGUGAAGUCGUUUCAGUCUCUUCGAGAGGAGGAGUCUUGGAAUCUUGUUCAAGACAUUCGAUCAUCAAUGUCAGGAAGACCUAUCAAUCUCUCCCACAUCGUUUUCAGUAGGGUGGCAUUAAUUGUAAGCAGUGCAGCAUUUGGUAAAGGAGUCAACGACCCAACAGAGUUUACAGAUUUAAUCAAGAAGAUAUCAAUGGAAAUGGGAGGUUUUGAUGUCGCUGAUAUCUUUCCUUCAAGAAAAAUUAUUCGAAACCUUUCUGGCAAAAAGGCUAGGUUAGCGAAGUUACACAAUGCCGUUGAGAAUGUAGUUAACAAAAUAUUUGCCGAAACCCAAAGCAAUCAGUCGAACACAUCAGAGGAAAGUUUGCUUGAUGUUUUACUAAGGCUCAAAGAUGGCAUUGAGUUUCCUUUAACAUUGGAUAAUAUAAAAGCUAUAAUUUUGGAUGUGUUUGGAGCUGGAGCGGAUUCAUCAGCAGCUACAGUUGAAUGGGCACUUUCAGAAUUAAUAAGAAGUCCUAGAGUAAUGGAAAAGCUACAAACCGAACUAAGGCAAGUGCUAAAUGGAAAAGAAAGGAUCCUUGAGGAAGAUAUUCAAGAUCUGAGCUUCUUAAAUCAAGUAAUCAAAGAAACAUUAAGGCUUCACCCACCAGGCCCAUUGUGCAUGCCAAGAGAGUCUAGAGAGCCAUGUGUUUUAGCCGGGUACCAUAUACCUAAGAGGACCAAACUAAUUAUCAAUGCUUUUGCAAUAAAUAGGGAUCCAGAAUACUGGAAUGAUCCUGAAAGUUUUAUACCAGAGAGGUUUGAAAAUAACCCUGCUAAUAUCGUCGGUGAAGACUAUGAGUAUCUACCAUUUGGGGCUGGGAGAAGAAUGUGCCCUGGAAUUGGCCUAGGUUUAGCGAAUGUGCGGCUCCCUCUAGCUAAUAUAGUUUAUCACUUUAACUGGAAACGUCCCAAUGGCGAAAAGAAUGAAGCUCUAGACAUGUCGGAGUGCUUUGGAGCUGUUGUUCAAAGAAAGUCUGACUUGGUUUUAGUACCGAGCUUUUAGGAAAUCAUGUUUCAUUAACGUUUUUCUAUAAAACUUUAACGGUAAAAUGUAAAAUGCAUUGAUUAUAAAGAAUAUUAUUUAUAUUUAAUGUUUAUCACAUUUAAUUAUGCUAAUAUUUUUUAUAAUUAAUUCUUAUAUAUGUAACGCACACAUAUUAG